ACAGACCGACACGUUCGUUUAGGGAACAGAUAAAUAGCAAGAAACUUCAGCAUGUACUCAACUAAAAGCGAGGGACCGCGCAGAGGAAGAUCUUUUGACUCAAUGAACCUUGGUCUGACAUUGGAAGAAAAGCAACUUAACAAUGAAAUGAGCAAAUCUGCCUUUCCAAAGAUAGAGGAGAAUAAAGACAACAAAACCGUGUCAACAGAGAAGGGUCGGGCUGCUCUUGUGUUUUCUCUAAAAAAUGAAGUUGGUGGACUUGUCAAGGCACUGAAACUUUUCCAGGAAAACCACGUCAACCUUGUGCACAUUGAGUCGAGAAAAUCGAAAAGACGCAACUCAGAGUUCGAGAUCUUCGUGGACUGCGACAGUAACCGCGAACAGCUGCACGAGAUCAUUCAGCUGCUGAGGAAGCACGUGAACGUGCUCGAGAUGGACGCGCCGGACAACCGCUUGCCAGAAGAAAGUGAGAUGGAGAACGUUCCGUGGUUCCCAAAGAAGAUUUCCGAUCUGGAUAAAUGUGCGAACCGUGUGCUGAUGUAUGGAUCAGACCUAGAUGCCGAUCAUCCGGGUUUCAAGGACAACGUCUAUCGCAAAAGGAGAAAGUACUUUGCAGACUUGGCUAUGAGCUACAAACAUGGAGAUCCAGUACCCCGUAUUGAGUUCACGGUGGAGGAGGUGAAAACAUGGGGAGUUGUGUUCAGGGAGCUGAAUAAACUCUACCCCACACAUGCCUGUCGCGAGUACCUGAAGAACCUGCCAUUGCUCACCAAACACUGCGACUUUCGCGAAGACAACAUCCCACAGCUGGAAGAUGUCUCACGCUUCCUCAAAGAGCGUACUGGCUUCACCAUCAGGCCUGUGGCCGGGUAUCUCUCCCCACGAGACUUCCUGGCGGGUUUGGCCUUCCGUGUGUUUCACUGUACUCAGUAUGUCAGACACAGCUCUGACCCUCUCUACACACCUGAGCCAGACACAUGCCAUGAGCUGCUUGGACACGUUCCUCUUUUGGCCGAGCCCAGCUUCGCUCAGUUCAGUCAAGAGAUCGGUCUUGCAUCACUGGGGGCAUCUGAUGACUCCAUCCAGAAACUUGCCACUUGUUAUUUCUUCACUGUGGAGUUUGGCCUCUGUAAGCAAGAAGGGAAGCUGAGAGCAUAUGGAGCUGGUCUGCUGUCCUCCAUCAGCGAGCUGAAGCAUGCACUCUCAGGAAACUCCAGGAUCUUGCCAUUUGACCCCAAUGUGACAUGCAAACAGGAGUGCAUCAUUACCACCUUUCAGGAUGUCUACUUUGUUUCAGACACCUUUGAGGAAGCUAAAGUCAAAAUGAGGGAGUUUGCAAAGACCAUCAAGCGGCCAUUCUCAGUACGCUACAAUCCGUACACACAGAGUGUGGACGUUCUGAAGGACACGGCCAGCAUCAACAACGUGGUGGAGGAGCUAAGACACGAGUUGGACAUCAUUGGAGAUGCGCUCAACAGGCUAAACAAACAGUUAGGAGUCUGAAGGACUACAACAUCCAUUGUAUACACUACAUUUUAUGUCCAUUACUUCAUGUUUCUGUCACACAUCUAAGUUCAAUUAAUUAGUCAGUUCUUCUCCCUCAAAAUAACGUAUGGCAUGAUGACUAAUAUCUGUCAUGCUUAAUGAAAAUAAUGCUCAUGCAAACUAACUAAAGUCCUCUUGUUCAUUUCUGUUGAGAUUAUUAGUAUGGCUCUUGUUCUGUUUAAUACAGUAUGUGGUUCUUCAUGACAUGUCCUAACUGCUUGCUAGUGGAGUUAUUAUUUUUUUGUGAGAUUUCUACUUGGUAAAGAGGUAUUGCAAGGUAACCACAGAGAUUAAGAUUCAGUUCUGAAAGUUGGUGUCUGCUCAAGCUUAUAUAUUGGUGAUUUCAGUUUUGCAUCAAUCUGCAAGUAAAUUAAUUUAAUUGGACAUUGUAUGGCACCUUAUUAUUGUUUUAUAGAAAAACGUGCAUACAUUAAUAUGCUUUAAUCCCCUAUGUGCACAGUAUUAUGAAAAAAGUCAAAGUUUUGUAUCAUUGUGAGUUAAUUCCAUGUAUUAUUCAAUGUAUAUUUCUCUCUUUCUUUUGUUUGUGAACGAAUGUCUCUCUUCAAGCAGAGAAUAGGGACUGGACAUUGGCUUGCAUUUAUUAAAAAGUACAUGUAAAUAUUGCAUUGGAUAUGAAAGAAUAUUUUUAAAUCAAUUUCAAACAUGCUUAGCUUCUAUAUGAGUAAUUUAUUUACUAUUCAGAAUGAAGAAAGCCUAUUGAUCAUUUCAGGUUUAAGAUGUAGAGGACUUUAUCACUAAAGGUAGAAAUAUGCUUCUGAUAAUAAAAUCAAUUCAUUAUUUUUAUACUGUAAAUAAAGCUAGUCUACAUUUAUUUUCUUUCUUUCUAUGUGUGGUACCCAUGGUGGGGAUUAUGGGCUCAUUUGUUUGUAGAAGGGGUUAUCAUGUUAAAACGGUUGAUUCUUUAUAAUAAGAUGAAUAAAAAAAGUCAACAAUAGAAUUGUCAUUAGGUGGUACAAGUUACUUGUUAAAGUGAUAGUUAAUUUGAUUAAUUUAGUUAAGAUAAUUAUUUUAUCAUUUAGUCACCCUCAUGCCAUCCCAGAUGUGUAUGACUUUCUGUCUUCUGCUGAACACAAACAAAAUUUUUUAGAAGAAUAUCUCUGCUCUGUAGGUCCUCACAAUGCGAGUGAAUGGGUACCAAAAUUUUGAAGCU